AUGAUACGAGAAAGAACAACGAAUACUGUACGAGUUUCGUAUCAUCGUCGUCAUCUAUCACUUGAUAACCAACAUCCAUAUUCAGCCAUCGAAAAACAACGAUUAAAUAGAGUCAUCCAUAUAUCUCUCGGAUCAUUAAGAAAUAUUUCAUCAACAAAUACAAACAAUAAGCUUCAUGAACAGAUUUCAACUACUAUAGAUAAUCAUCAGAAUCAUAUAGAAGAAGCAAAAUUAUCAAGUAUUAAAACUCCAAUAGAAAAUGAAAAAAGAUGCACACAUUCUUGUACUGUUACUACAAUUCACCGAUGUAAUCGUUUUCUUUCACAAAAAAGUGGUAAUGUAAUAAAAAAAUCAUCAUCACAACUAAAUAGUUCUACAAAAUCUCAAAUUGAUCAAGAUUCCAAUGUUCCGAGGAGUUCAAAAAUUAAAAGUCAUUUAUUAAAAUCCUGCAAAGUGACUUGUCUUGAGGAUGUUAUUAGUGGUCAUGAUGAGACUAAUAAAAAUAAAUCGUCAGAUCGAAAAGGUAUGACGGAAGAUUACCAUCGAAAGUCUAAAAAACGAAAAACGAAAAAAUGUACACGUCCAUGUAUCAUUCUAUCUUCAGUUGCAAUUUUACUUGUUAUAUUAAUCAUUACUGUCAUUCUACUUGCUCUUUUGCUUAAGUCUAAAUCAAAAACAACAACAACACCAACUGGUACUCCUGUGCUUCGCUGGAAUUCAACGGGGAUUACAGUGGCUGGAGUUGUUGGCAAUCCAGGUAGUGGCAACAAUCAACUUAAUACACCUCUAGAUGUUAUACUGGAUUAUGCGAAUAAUCUAUACGUUGCUGAUUACUUAAAUCAUCGAGUUCAAAAGCCAAUACGAGUGAUACUUGACUCAAAUGAAAAUCUCUAUGUAUCAGAUGCAAACAAUCACAGAAUACAAUUCUGGUGUAAUGGUGCUAUUUUCGGUACUACAGUAGCUGGUAUAUCAAAUUCACCUGGAAAUUCCAGUAAUCAGUUGAAUUUCCCUUAUGGUAUUGCUCUUAAUCCAACGUCAGGUACACUUUAUAUAGCGGAUUAUUAUAAUCAUCGUGUAAUGUCAUAUGCAUCUGGCAGUAAUUCUGGCAUAUUAGUAUUCGGUGGUAAUGGGGGAGGAACAUCUAAUAUACAGUUAUACUAUCCUAUAGGUUUACACUUUGAUUCAUUGUCAAAUAGUUUGGUUGUUGCCAAUUAUGGUGCUCACAAUAUCGUUCGAUUUGUAUUAGGUGUGAGUACUUGGACAGUUGCUGCAGGUAACUCGAGUGGAUUCUCGGGUGCAACAUCAACAGAUCUUAAUAGUCCUCUCGAAGCAACAUUUGAUCCUAUGGGUAAUAUGUAUGUUGCUGAUAGAAAUAAUCAUCGCAUUCAGUUUUUUCAUGAUGGACAAUUAAAUGGUACAACCAUUGCAGGAAUUACGAAUGUAAGUGGUAAUAAUGCCACUACACUCAAUUGGCCCAGAUCUGUAAGACUUGAUAGUCAACUUAAUUUAUAUGUAGCAGACUCAAAUAAUCAUCGAAUCCAAAAGUUCUUACGUUAUUAA